CAAAGCUGCGCGGUUGUUUGGUUUCCCCACUGUUUGCUAAAUAAAUUAUAAUCGGAAAAGUUGCCAAUUUUAAGUGAAAUGAACGUGAAAAUGACGUCACCUGGCGUGCAGGUGUUUUGGCUGAUCUUCCUGCUCGUUGUAAUUCAGGGGAUCUUGCAAUCGGAAGCUGCUUCCGUCGAUGAACAGUGCCGGCACGCCGACAGCUGUGAGAGAUGCCUCUCCGCCCACCUGGAAUGCGCCUGGUGCACAGAUAAGGUGUAUGAAUCGAACCUCUAUCGCUGUCUUACUCGCUCGCAGCUCCUGGCGAACAACUGCAGCGAAAGCGAAAUAUACAAUAACCAGCCGGCCUUAGAUAUCCUGCAGGAAAAACCCCUAAAGGACUACGAGACCAACGACGAUCAAGCGGUACAGGUGACACCGCAGCGAGCAUACCUCAAGCUGGUCAAAGGAAACACGCAACGCAUCAAGUUGAGCUACCGUACGGCACGCAAUAAUCCCCUCGAUUUGUACGUCUUGAUGGACCUUACCUGGACAAUGGGGGACGACAAGCAGACACUCGAGAAAUUGGGAGCUGAACUUAUCCAGACCUUGAGAAAUUUAACUGAAAACUAUCGUCUAGGAUUCGGUUCCUUUGCGGAUAAGCCAACGCUACCCAUGGUUAAUCCUGAAAACAUGGACAAUCCCUGUGCUGUUCUUGGGCAUGUUUGUGAACCCACCUAUGGCUAUCGUCAUCAAUUGUCCCUAACCGAGGAUAUACGUUUGUUUACGGCGGCGGUGGCCAAUAGCAAGAUCACUGGGAACUUGGACAACCUCGAGGGUGGCUUAGAUGCCCUCAUGCAGGUGAUAGUGUGUCCCAAGGAUAUUGGUUGGAAGGAGCAGGCCCGUAAGGUGGUUAUCCUUGUCACCGAUGGCUUUAUGCACUUGGCCGGGGAUGGUUUACUCGCUGGCAUUGCUCAGCGUAAUGAUAAGAAGUGUCAUCUUAACCAGGCUGGUGAGUAUACGGGUUCCUUGGAGUAUGAUUAUCCCUCGCUGGAGGAGAUCUAUAGGGAGUUGCUGCGUCGCAAGACCAAUGUGAUCUUUGCGGUUACCAAGGAUGUGGUGAGCAGUUACAGGGAACUGAGUGCCUUGAUGAAGGAAAUCAGUUAUGUGGAUAUUUUGAGUGAAGAUUCUUCUAAUAUCUUGGAAUUAAUUAAGAAGAGUUAUGAGAGUCUCAUUAAACGCACUCAGUUUGCCGAUAAUAGUCCGGAUUAUAUUCAACUGGAGUAUUAUACCGACUGUGCAGGACAGUUUCCCAGUUUACGUAAAAGGAACUAUUGCAAUAAUGUUUCUCUGGGCAAGGAAAUUGAGUUCUUUGUGGAUGUUACCCUGAAAGAUUAUCCUCUUGAUAAGAAUUAUACCCACAACAUCCGUGUUGGCGAAACUUCCCUCAGCGAAUACAUGGACUUGGAGGUGGAGCUGCAGCGCCCAUGUCCUUGCCAGGAGAAACCAGAUCCGGAGAAUGAAUAUGGACGCUUUCAGUGCUCCGAACAGGGCUACAUGUACUGCGGCAUGUGCACCUGCGAUGAGGGCUGGACGGGCACCCUGUGCACCUGUCCCACAGACAACACCAAUGUGACCAGCAACGAUGCUCUUCUCCUGAAAUGCCGUCAACCCUUACUUGACCACACCCACUCCUCGUUGGUUUGCUCAAAUCACGGCGACUGCGAUUGCGGCACUUGUUUCUGUGAUCCAGGCUAUACAGGUCCUUAUUGUGAGUGCAAGGAGUGUGUGGACUGCGAUAGUGACCUGGCCGAUUGCUCCUGUGGGCAAUGUGUGUGCAAAUAUGGUUGGUCGGGCACGAGAUGCAAUUGUGCCGAGAAUAUGGAUGCAUGUCGAGGACCCACUGGAGAGAUCUGUUCACAGCGCGGAGCCUGCGACUGCGGCGAGUGUAGCUGUGAGGAUGAGUUCCUGGGCAAGUUCUGCGAGAUUGAUCCGGAAAAGGAUAACAAGUUGUGUCAGUUCUAUGAGCCUUGCGUGACCUGCUUAAUUGAACAGAAGCAGGGCAUGGGCGCCUGUGAUAAUUUGAGUGAAAUCUGUAAAAGUUUGGACCGUCAAGAGCUCUUCACGUAUCGCUUUGUCCAUGAGCUAGAGCCGGAGCAGGCACGUUGCCUGGUGAGGAUCGUCAAUAAGCAUGGCAUUCAGUGUGACAGUUUCUUCAGCUAUCAGGUCAUCAAUCCCUCCAACGAGCUAUCCAUCCAGGCUGUGGAUUGUGAGCCCUUGGACUAUAUGGCCCUGUUUGGUUUUAUAUCAGGUUUUACGGUGCUGGCUGGACUGCUGCUCAUGUGCCUAAUAUGGUGGUGCAUUCGGGCCAAGGAUGCGAGGGAGUAUGCCAGAUUCCAGGAGGAUCAGAAGAACUGGGUGAGGCAAGAGAACCCCAUUUACAGGGACCCUGUGGGUAGAUAUGAGGUGCCAAAGGCUUUGAGUGUAAAGUAUGAUGAGAAUCCUUUUGCUAGUUAAGGGGGGUUUCACUUUUUGGUAUAUAUAGAUUAGUCCAACAAAAAUAUGGCAAACUUUAACAUAUCAAAAUUUUUAAUUUGAAAAUAUCUAUAUUUCGAACAAAAUUAUUAAAAAAAUUUUACUUAAUUUAUUUGCGAUAUUUUCCGAUUAUAUUGGUCUGACUUAUCGAACAGAAUAGCGAUUUAUCGUAUAUAUGUUACAUAUAUCCCAAAGUUCAAAUAUUGAUUUAUUUAUCGUCUUUCGAUGCAGUAUCGAUAUUUUGAUAUUAUUUAAAUAUUUAUAAUUAUUGUGUGUAGGAAAAUGGAAUAUUUUAAGUAUUUUAUUCAAGUAUUUCAGAGAGUUUAUCUUUCGAUAUAAUUUGUAAUCCCAAACCAAAGUUCCCUUGAACAAAAAACACUUUGUACACUUUCAUUUUUUCAUAUAUAAUAUAUUUUGAACAUAAUUUGAUUUUGUUUAUACAUAAAAAUGAUUGUGAAUCGUUCAAUAAUUCGUAAAUAUAAACUAAGCUAAACUAGUCUAAGAAUUAUUUUAUAGCUAUAAAGAAAAGAUAACAUUUUUUAUAACAAGAUUCUGUUGUUUAAAUGGGACAAGAAUUCGGGGAAAAAUAAUAGUGAAUAUUUAAAAUUAAGUGAUGACUAUUACUGGCAAAACGGAAAUGCAAGACAUUAUCCUAACAUAUAGAGAGGCAUUACAAAAAUACAAUUCGAUUAAUUAAGGCUAAACACGCUUUUCCCGUUUCAUUCUACUUUUAACUAAAUGUAAUAUCACUAGAUUUGUAGCUUAGAUUUUAGUAAAUGGGUUUCUCCUUCAGCAGCGACGAAAAAAAAUGCCAAAAACACGAAAUUCAAUUACACAUCGACGCAUUUUCGCGAAAGUAUCGUAUGUCGAAAAAUCCAAUUUUACAGGAGAAGC